CCAUACAACUUCGGAGGAAGAAAGUGCAUCUAUCGCAAAUGACAGUAAAAGCACUGAUAUCACAGUAACGAGUCCCACAGUUACUACUCAAGGUAACGAAAUAGAGGAAAAUAAAACUCGAUUGAAUGCCACUGACUCAAGCCAUAAGUAGUAUAUAUACUGCUUCUUAUGAAGAUAAAUACACUGCCUCAAGCGCAAGUUCUGUAUCCCCAGGCAAUGAAAUAGACCGAAACAGUGGGGUUACUACAUUAUCAGAUAUUGAAGUAACUCAAAUGACUAGCACUUCUCAUAGAAAUACCAUAACAUCAAAAGUACUUUAUGUUAACAAUCAAUCUAAUACAAUGACAGAUACAUCAUACAAUUAUCUUUCAAGGUCAAAUAAAGAAUUGAACAACAGUGAAACAACUGUUUCAUCCAACGAUAAAACACAGCCUGUCAAGUCCACAGUUGAUUACAAUACAGCAAACACUAUUUCUGGUGAACGCACUGGCGACAUGAAUACCUCAACAUUUAACACAGCAACAUCAUUGAACAAUACUGACAAUACCUCAUCCAUUUUGUCGAUAAAAGAAACCACAUUAAAAGCCGAUAAUACAGCAAAACUUGCGAAUACGAAAUUAUACAAUACAACCCCGAAAGAAAUCUCAGAAAGUCAGAGCAAUUUUGCUUCUUAUUCGGGAAACAAUAAUCUAGGAACGGCAACAUAUUACAACAAUGUUACGAAUACAGAAAAUAGGACUGUUCAUUACACUUCUGCAUUGGUAAAACAAAGUUCUGAAUUUGAAGACGGUGGAAAUGACAAAAGCACUCAAUCAACAAAAGUGAACUCUUCUGAAACAAAUAUGAAUACAAAUGCUGCUGAUGCUGAAUUAAAACCAUCGACAGUACAUAUCAUUACAGAAACUAGAAAAUCUUCUAAAUUCCUGCCCGUUAGUCAAGCUGAUUUGUCAACAGAAAGUAUCGAUAAAGAAUAUGUAUCCUCGACAAAUAAUGAAACCUCUGAUUUUUCUACCAGCACUGAAUCUAUAAAGACAUCCACUGGGCUGAGUUUAUCAAAAACAACUAUAGUGAACAUUACAAAUACUGUCCAUGGUGACUCAUCUUCUACAGCGUACAAUAGCAGUAUUGCUACUGAAUCAUUAAAUUAUACAUACGAUAUUGAAAAUGCUAGCAAUGAGUUCCCAAUAACGACAGAAAAUGUAUUUUUCUCAUCUGCCCUAACAACAGAAGGUAUGAGUUCUAAAGCUGUGGCGUCUGUCAUUGGCAAAACAUCUCUAACUCCGUUUAAUGACACUGUCUAUGAACGCAUAACAGAAACACCAAGCACAAAUACUUUCGGCUAUGCAGACACAUCUGUGUCAAGCAAGCAAAGACAAGUGUCUACUGAUAAAAGUUUGAAUGUGUCCGUGGACGGAUUAUUUGAUACUAAUACAAAUACAGAAACAGGAAAAAGUACUUUAUUUCGCACUACUGAAUCACCCUUUGUUUCAGAAUUAGUCAGUAGUAACGAUUUGACAAAUGCCACUGAUAAAUUGGAAAACGCCACUUUAGUGAACAACAUAAGCACUAGAAGCAUGGCGACUCCAGCAAGUACGAUAAGUACUGGAACUGACUCAGAGAUUAUACAAAACAUUGAAACCAGUAGUCAAAAUACUGAAUCAUUAAAUUAUACAUACAAUAUUGAAAAUGCUAGCAAUGAGUUCCCAAUAAAGACAGAAAAUGUAUUUUUCUCAUCUGCCCUAACAACAAAAGGUAUGAGUUCUAAAGCUGUGGCGUCUGUCGUUGACAAAACAUCUCUAACUCCGUUUAAUAACACUGUCUAUGAACGCAUAACAGAAACACCAAGCACAAAUACUUUCGGCUAUGCAGACACAUCUGUGUCAAGCAAGCAAAGACAAGUGUCUACUGAUAAAAGUUUGAAUGUGUCCGUGGACGGAUUAUUUGAUACUAUUACAAAUACAGAAACAGGAAAAAGGACUUUAUUUCGCACUACUGAAUCACCCUUUUUUUCAGAAUUAGUCAGUAGUAACGAUUUGACAAAUGUCACUGAUAAAAUGGAAAACGCCACUUUAGUGCACAACAUAAGCACUAGAAGCAUGGCCACUCCAGCAAGUACGAUAAGUACUGGAACUGACUCAGAGAUUAUACAAAACAUCGAAACCAGUAGUCAAAAUAAUGAUUUUAAAACGAAAGCAACAGUGACAAAUAAUAGCAAAACAAAUUUAUCAGUUACAGCAGAUAUAACUUUCUCUAAUCCCUUGUCUUCAAAUUAUAAUUCUACUUCAGAGCUGUUGCCAGCAAGUUUACCAAGCACUGAAUAUACUAGGAGCUUCGACCAAAUAAGCUCUCAUAAAACAGUAGCAUCUGCAAUUAUGAGCAAUGAAUUAACCAAAGCACCACCGGUCGCCAACAGGUUAUCAACAAAAACUGCUGAAUAUACAUCUACACAUGCUAUAUUAGACACUGAAUCAACCUUUUCAACAGAUGAAGUAUAUAUCAACAAAUCUGCAACAGGAAAUAUGAAAACCACUAGAAUGUUAUCCUAUACCGAAGAUGACGCAUACAAUAGCUCUUCUAGUGUUACAGAUUACAGAAUCAAGGGAUCAGAACAAACAGAAAAUACUGAUGAAAACAAAUUUAUAUCUACCUUUUCAAUGCUUGAUACAUUACUAGUAUCAAAUUCAGUAUCAAAUAACAUCGCGAAUGACUCAUCAUCAAAGACAACACGUAAAAAAUAUAUGUCUACGGAAAACAUAUCUGGGCAUGAAACAGAUAGUGAUUCCAAAUAUAAUUCAUCGGCAACAACAUCUGGUAUAGAACCAUCCAGCAAUGUGCGAACUGACAAUAAACAGCCAAUAAUAUCUACGACUGAGAGUCAUACAGGCUCUUCAACUAUACCUGCUGGAACAACAAAUGUGUUUCUCACCUUUAUUAAUGAAAUAAGUACUGAAUUUGAUAAGACUCCUAAAUACACAAGCACGUCUUAUACGGAUGAUUCUACUGUUAAAACAAGAACUUCUAAAAUAACUUCUUAUAAUACAAAUAUUGGCGAAGAUAACAUGGUGUCAAGUACGCCGUCUUUUAAAAGUAGUUCAUUAAUAGUUUCAAGUGAAACAGCUGAUUUUUCGGAUAGAACUGGAUAUAAUACUUUAACAACAGAAGUUACUGAUGUUAAAUCCUUACCAUCUAAUCCUUAUACAAAACAUAAUUUAGUUUCAUCAACUUAUAGUCAAAGCAACGCCGAAGAAGGAACCAUCACUUCCGUAGGUAAUGCAGAGAUAAAUAAUAGAACAUUCAGUACAAAACUAGUAACAGAUAAUAGCAGCGCACCAACUUCUGCUUCUGUUAGAACGGACAUUACUAGUAACAAUGAGUAUUCGAUGACUACUGGUAUCAGCAAUUCAUCGCCUGCAACAUCAGUUUCGUUCUCUACAGUUACUGUAGAUGAAUUAAAUUUAACUACUUCCAAAAACGAAGGUGAUAUUUCAGUACCGGAAGUAGAUUAUAAUGACAAUAUAUCCACGAUUUUACCACAAAUGAGUUCUGAUGCUACAGGUACAAAAUCGUCUAAAAUUUUAGAAAGGUUUGCAUCACUAACUUUUUCUUACACGGAGACAAGUUCGUCAAAUGACGUUUCAAAUGGAAAUAAUGUCACAUAUUCAAUGGCAACUCAUAGUUAUGUUUCACAUGGAACUGACAGUACAUCAACAAAAAUAUCUACAAAUAUCAAUGACAUAAAAACUAACACGGUGCCUAGUAUCACCGAAGGCACCACAACAUUGCCAAAUACAUCUGAUCAAACUAGUUCAAUAGAUAUAUCCUCUGUUACUUCUAUGGAUACCAUACUAGCUGAAAUAACAUUAGACACAAUUGAUACUAAUUCAACUAAUGAAUUAAAACCAAAUAUUUCUAUAACAAAAAAUCCGUCAACGCUACCUUAUGAUGCCACAGAAGAUAUAUCCACUGAUGCUACUUAUGGCACCCGAAUUGAUAUUCAAUCAGAAACAGAAAAUAUUAAAUCUGUAACAAAUCCAAAUACCAGAAAUAUUACAAAUUCAACUACCAAAGCCAUAACUUAUUCAAGCAUUGUAAUAAUUCCUACAUACAAAGAAGCAACAGAUAAUAGCUCCUUGACAUCUACGGUUGCCGCAGUAACAAAUCAUACAAAUAUAUCUUUCACUAGUGAUAUCAAUCAAACUACUAAUCAAUUGCUCACAUCAAUUUCUGCAUUAGAUACUUAUGCCAUCAAAAGUGAUCCUACUCACACUUUUGGCAAUACAGACACUAUUUCGAUCGCUUCAUCCCCGACUUCUAGAAGUGAACUAAUGACUGACAGAAAUAAAACGACAAUGAACACUAAAACUUCAACGCACGAUUUGGUCACUACAGAAAAAGCGCCAAUUUCCUCUUCAUACAGAACAGAAAUUAUUUCUACCGGUUUUGCUGUGAGCUCAUUGAAUGAAUUAACAACUGACACUAAAACCACAAGAAAAGCUACAUCUUCGAAGACAUAUACAGCAGACACGGCCAUUACAGAUGGUGUACCAUCUUCUACUUCACAACAUACAGGGACUAUUUCACCUAUCUUUGCUGGCGGAUCAGCGAGUAAUUUUAGAACUGGUAAAGAUAAAGCCGCAACAAGUGCUACAACUUCCUCUACUUUAAACACAGUUACUGAAAGUCGUGCACCAUCUAUCACAUCACAAAAUAUUGGAACUAUUUUAACAAGCAUUGCUGGGAACUCGGCAAAUGACACUAAAACUUAUACAGAUAAAAUGACAACAAGAAAUACUACAUCAUCUCCUAUAAUUGACACAAUUACUACAGAUGGAACAUUAAACACUUCAGACAGUGAAGGAAGUAUUAUCACUAGCAUUCCUGGAAGUUCAGCAAGUGAAUUUAAAACUGACAUGGACAAGACUUCAUCCAGAAGUGUUUCAUCUUCUCGUGCGCCAGGUGUAAGUACUUCAGAUGAAGCAAUAUAUUUUACUUUAGACAAAAGAGCAACUAUAACAACUGCCCUUCCUUGGAGCCAAACAAGUGACUUUAGAACAAAUAGAGAUAAAACAACAGAAAGUACUACAUUUUCUUUUAAAUUAGACACGACAAGUGGCACAAAACAUUUUUCAGAUAAUAUAGAAAGCAUUUCAACCACCCCUGCUGUGACGUUCAAAACUGCAUUAACAACUGAAAAAGAUAAAGCUACAAUAAACGCUACAUUGGACACGGUCACUACAGGUGAUGUACAAUCGUCUUCUUCAAAACAUACUGGAACUAUUCUAACCGACAUUACUGGAAGCCCAUGGAUUGGAUUUAAAAAUGCCACCACUAAUACAACAAAUGCUACAACCUAUGCUAGUGCUAUGAUCACCACUCAAGAUGGCAAAAGCGCUUCUUUUUCAAACAGUAUAGAACCCAUUUGGACCACUAUCGUUAGGACCAAAGGCACGAUUACUGCAGAUGAUGCACAAUCUUCCACUUCAUAUCGUACAGGACCGAUUUCAACCGACAUUACUGGCAGAUCAGAGAGUGACUUUAGUACAGACAUGGCUAAAAGCACAAGAGCAAGUUCUCCAUUAGACACGAUAACUUUAAAUGACACACCUACUUCCAGUACAGACAGUAAAGGGACUGUUUCAACCACCAUUAGUUGGAAUGUUAGCAGUGAGUUAACAACGGAUCCAGGAAGGACCACAACAAAAGCAUCUUCUACCUUGGGUUCUAACACUACAAAUGGUGUAUCAUCUUCCACUUCACAAUUUAAGGAAACUAUAUUAUCCGCAAUUAGUGGAAGUUCAUCGAGUGAUUUUUCAGCUAAUAAAACCACCAAAACAAGUGCUACUUCUUCCAUGAGCACUAAACAUGACACAAGAACAUCCUUUUCAGACAAGACUUCAUCAACAAGUGUUUCAUCUUCUCGUGCGCCAGGUGUGAGUACUUCAGAUGAAGCAAUAUAUUUUACUUUCGACAGAAGAGCAUCUAUAACAACUGCCCUUCCUUGGAGCCAAACAAGUUACUUUAGAACAAAUAGAGAUAAAACAACAGAAAGUACUACAUUUUCUUUUGAAUUAGACAAGACCUCUAAAAGUGGCACAAAACAUUUUUCAGAUAAUAUAGAAAGCAUUUCAACCACCCCUGCUGUGACGUUCAAAACUGAAUUAACAACUGAAAAAGAUAAAGCUACAAUAAACGCGACAUUUUCUACAUUGGACACGGUCACUACAGAUGAUUUACAAUCGUCUUCUUCAAAACAUACUGGAACUAUUCUAACCGACAUUACUGGAAGCCCAUCGAUUGAAUUUAAAAAUGCCACCACUAAUACAACAAGUGCUACAACCUCUCAUUUGCUAGACGAGAUCACGACUCAAGAUGGCAAAAGCGCUCCUUCUUCAAACAGUAUAGAACCCAUUUCGACCACUAUCGCUAGGACCAAAGGCACGAUUACUGCAGAUGAUGCACAAUCUUCCACUUCAUAUCGUACAGGACCGGUUUCAACCGAAAUUAUUGGCAGCUCAGAGAGUGACUUUAGUACAGACAUGGCUAAAAGCACAAGAGCAAGUUCUACAUCUUCUCCGUUAGACACGAAUGAAACUAAAACUUAUACAGAUAAAAUGACAACAAGAAAUACUACAUCAUCUCCUAUAAUUGACAGAAUCACUACAGAUGGAACGUUAAACAUUUCAGACAGUGUAGGAAGUAUUAUCACUAGCAUUCCCGGAAGCUCAGCAAGUGAAUUUAAAACUAACAUGGACAAGACUUCAUUAACAAGUGUUUCAUCUUCUCGUGCGCCAGAUGUAAGUACUUCAGAUGAAGCAAUAUAUUUAACUUUAGACAGAAGAGCAUUUAUAACAACUGCCCUUCCUUGGAGCCAAACAAAUAACUUUAGAACAAAUAGAGAUAAAACAACAGAAAGUACUACAUUUUCUUUUAAAUUAGACACGACCUCUAAAAGUGGCACAAAACAUUUUUCAGAUAAUAUAGAAAGCAUUUCAACCACCCCUGCUGUGCCGUUCAAAACUGAAUUAACAACUGAAAAAGAUAAAGCUACAAUAAACGCGACAUUUUCUACAUUGGACACGGUCACUACAGAUCAUGUUCAAUCGUCUUCUUCAAAACAUACUGGAACUAUUCUAACCGACAUUACUGGAAGCCCAUCGAUUGAAUUUAAAAAUGCCACCACUAAUACAACAAGUGCUACAACCUCUCAUUUGCUAGACGAGAUCACGACUCAAGAUGGCAAAAGCGCUCCUUCUUCAAACAGUAUAGAACCCAUUUCGACCACUAUCGCUAGGACCAAAGGCACGAUUACUGCAGAUGAUGCACAAUCUUCCACCUCAUAUCGUACAGGACCGGUUUCAACCGAAAUUAUUGGCAGCUCAGAGAGUGACUUUAGUACAGACAUGGCUAAAAGCACAAGAGCAAGUUCUACAUCUUCUCCGUUAGACACGAUAACUAGAAAUGACACACCUACUUCCAGUACAGACAGUAAAGGGACUGUUUCAACCACCAUUAAUUGGAAUGUUAGCAGUGAGUUAACAACGGAUCCAGAUAAGACCACAACAAAAGCAUCUUCUACCUCGGAUUCUAUCACUACAAAUGGUGUAUCAUCUUCCACUUCACAAUUUAAGGAAACUAUAGUAUCCGCAAUAAGUGGAAGUUCAUCGAGUGAUUUUUCAGGUAAUAAAACCACCAAAACAAGUGCUUCUUCUUCCAUGAGCACUAAACAUGACACAAGAACAUCCUUUUCAGACAGUGCAAGAUCUAUAUCAACCGCUAGCGUACGGAACUCAUCUAGUGAAUUUGACAUAGUCAAACAUAUCACUACAUCAGACACGAUCACUACUGAUGAUGCACGAUCUUCCACUUUACAUCAUAGCAGUGCGAGUUCAGCUGAUAUAUCAUCGAGUGAAUUUAAAAGUGAUACAUAUCAAUCCACAGCAAGUGCUACAUCUUCUUCAACCCUAGAUACAAUCACUAAUUCUGGCGAACAAAUUUACACUUCAGACAGUACUACAAUAAUCACAAAUCCCACUUCUGUGAAUUUCAGUGGUAAAUUAUCAACUGAUAUAGAGAAUACUGCAACAAACGCUUCAUCUUCUUCUUCACUAGAGACGAUCUCUACCGAUGUUACACCAUCUUCCCCUUUGGAAAACACAGGGACUUUUUCGAACACCAUUACUGGAAGUUUAACGAGUGACUUUACAAGGGGUAUGGAUAAAACCACGUCAAGUGAUAAAUUUUCUUCAUUAGACUCGGUCACUUCAAACGACACACCACUUUCCACUUCAGACAAUAAAGUUUUAUUUACAACCACCACUGCUGGAAAAUUCAGGGAUGAAACAAUUACUGAUGCAGAUAAGACUAUGAGAUAUACCACAGAUAUAGCCAAUGAAAUAACGACGGUAUCUAACAGUCUUCCCAGUACUAAAUCUGACAACAAUAAAGAAACAGCAGAUACGAGUUCCAGCAUACCACAAAGAACUACACAAACCUCCGUUCAAGACAUAGAUGAAUGUGAGAAUAAUCCAUGCAAUCCAAACUCGUUUUGUGUGAACACCAUUGGAAGUUACAGAUGCGAAUGCCAACAAGGUUUUAAGAUGAACGAUGGACAGUGUCUUGAUGUCGAUGAAUGUGUCGUUGAGGAUGUUUGUAUGGAGAAAGCCACUUGCAUAAAUACGGACGGCAGUUUCAGGUGCAUGUGUAAUGAAGGUUUUAAGCAAGUACAAAAUUUAUGCAUAGACAUAGAUGAAUGUUUCGAAGAUGAGGGCGCAUGUCCUGACAAUUCUGACUGUAUAAACAUGAAGCCUGGUUAUGAGUGUUUGUGUCGUGCGGGAUAUUCCACAGUAAACGAUGAAUGUAUAGACAUAGAUGAAUGUGAGAAUAAUCCAUGCAAUCCAAACUCAUUUUGUGUGAACACCAUUGGAAGUUACAGAUGCGAAUGUCUACAGGGUUUUAAGAUGAACGAUGGACAGUGUCUCGAUGUCGAUGAAUGUGUCGUUAAGGAUGUUUGUAUGGAGAAAGCCACGUGCAUAAAUACGGAGGGCAGUUUCAAGUGCAUGUGUAAUGAAGGUUUUAAGCAAGUACAAAAUUUAUGCAUAGACAUAGAUGAAUGUUUCGAAGAUGAGGGCGCAUGUCCUGACAAUUCUGACUGUAUAAACAUGAAGCCUGGUUAUGAGUGUUUGUGUCGUGCGGGAUAUUCCACAGUAAACGAUGAAUGUAUAGACAUCAAUGAGUGUAUGACUAGCGGAAUUUGUCCUUCUAACUCCCAUUGCGACAAUACUGAUGGAAGCUAUUCUUGUUCUUGUUUCCAUGGAUACCGACAAAUAGCUGGAAUAUGUUUAGAUAUAGAUGAAUGUUCUACGGAUGUAUGUGACGCAAGUGCGGUAUGUGAUAAUAGUCCAGGGUCGUAUUCAUGUGGCUGUGUCACUGGCUUUGUCAUGGAGGAUUCAGGCGCAUGUUUAGACAUAAACGAAUGUGAGCAGGACGAUAACCUAUGCGGUGAUCACGAGACUUGUUCAAAUGAGCAAGGUUCUUAUAUGUGUUCAUGUAAAGAUGGUUUCCAUAGAAACAAUCACCAGGGAAUUUGUGUUGAUAUAAAUGAAUGUGCAGACGACCCAUGUCCAGAGAAUUCUGACUGUAUCAACGAUGAAGGCAGUUUUAGCUGUUUAUGUCGACAAGGAUUUUAUAAAACUGCUCCGGAUAUUUGCACAGAAGUACAACAGUUCUGGGGUAGUGUACAUAUUCUAGAAUCAGGUGGUACAGAUGUCCAUCUAGAUCACAUGACACCUGAAGAGAUUGAUAACAUGAUAAAUAACUUCCAAACUGUGUUUUCUUCGUUCCUGACUCAGACAUCAUAUCCAUACUAUGGUUUACAAGUGAACAGCCUGUAUCCAGGGAGUGUCAUAAUGAACUUCAGUAUGUACCUAGGGAUAAAUGGUACCUUCACAACUGAAGAGCUCACAGAUGUUUUCAUGUCCAAUCUUAGUUACUGGAGCGAGAAUCAAUUAGAGGUCAUGUCCAUCAUUAUAGAAGACAUAGACGAGUGUUCAAGUCCGGACCUGAAUAUAUGUUCUGAGUUUGCUAUAUGUACAAAUCUACCGGGGACUUACGAAUGCACAUGUUUACCAGGAUAUCUUGAUAUAUCUGACAACAGACCUGGCAGUGUUUGUGCUGUAAUUGGUGACGAUAACCAGGACCCAGUGAAUAAUGUAAGAAUAAUCCAGUCAAAAUUGGCUUACCCUGUUGAUUCCUUGGUUUCAAUGUUGGUUGCUAUAGAGAGAGGCUCACAUGUCAGUUAUGCUAUACAGUAUGGUGAUGGUCAUUCCAGUGUUGUUAACUCUGAAGAAAUGUUGUCAUUUCAGCACCAACAAAGUAUAGAACACAAGUAUUUAUCUCCUGGAAACUACACACUAGUUGUGACUGUUUCAAAUACAAUAAGCUCAGAAACUGUUUAUUCUACAGUCAUCAUUCAAGACAUGUUGACCUCCCUGACCUUGGAUGUAUCUGACCUUGACCUACUUUUCUCAGGGCAUGUAAGAUUUAUUGUAAGCACAGAAAAGUUAUAUAAUAAUGUGAAUAUUUACUGGAACUUUGGAGAGGGUAAUCAUGUUCUAGAAUAUGUGCAUGAAUUUGAGGAUGCAGUUAGUGUUGACCAUAUAUAUUCUGUUGGACUUUUUAACAUGAGUGUUAGGGUAUCAAAUUUAGUGAGCUCUAUGACCUUGACAAAGGUCAUUGUUUCAGAGGAGGUUGUAACAGGGGUUGAAAUAAUAGUUGAAAAAUUUGUCAUCAUUCCUGGAGAAUAUCUAAACAUUAUUGUGCUGACUAAAACAGGGAGCAACAUAGACUUGGAAUUAAAUUAUGGGAAUGGAAAUAAAGAUAUCAUCUCUCAAAAUAAUACCAAGAGAGGUAGCACAGAAUUUGUCAUUCAGAAAAUGUUCAGUAGUCCUGAUGAAAUUACCAUCGGUGUAAAACUAACCAAUGCUAUAUCUGAGUGGUAUGAUAGUAUUGGUCCAGUGUAUGUCCAGUAUCCAGUGAAAAAUUUAAAGCUUAAAGUACAUCAAAUAACACCCUCACCUCCAAAUGAGGUCAAGAUAGAAAUCUGGACACAAGAAAUAUUUUCACCACCCACCGCGGUCACAUGUGACGUUGAACUCCACAAUACUUGGACAGUUACAGAGUAUGCAUAUGAGAUUAAGGAAGAUAGUCCGAUGAUCGUGACCAUACACACAGAUGGAGAAUUGUUUGGAUGGACUGAAAUAGCAGUUAACUGUAGCAAUAGGAUCUCAUAUCAGUACAUGGAAGCUGAUACCUUCAUUCAAGCUGUUAUAGAAAAUAUCAAAAUCACAGCUGAUAGAAAUUCUGUUGAAAUUGGAGACACUGUUAAUUUUGAAUUUUUCAUUGGAAAAGGUUCAAAUGUAGAAUAUAUUUACUGGUUUGGGUCAGGCAUAAACUACACUGGAAAUUUGUAUUCAACUUUAAUAAGAAAUAAAACUAUUAUCAGUGAUUUUACAUUUGAGCUACCAGGAAAGUAUGAUGUUAUGUUUGUAGUAAGAAACAACGUUUCCACUGCAACUGUUUAUGAAACAAUUUGGGUUUUAGAAGAGAUAAUAGGAUUAUCAGUUCAACGAUUUUACGAGCAAAGCUCUAAAUAUAAUAUUCUUCAUUAUGGACAUGGUAGAAGUAUGAAUAUUUUCCCUGUUCAAAGACCUGUAAUUUUCAAUGCUUCACUCAACAGUGGAAACAAUAUCCGAUAUAAAAUAAAUUUUGGAAAUGGCAAUGUAACAGUGAUAGAGAGUGGCAUUGUUUCUCACAAGUUUAAUUCUGAGGGAACCUACCUAGUUACUGUUACAGCCUUUAAUCAACUGUAUUUUGAAAAUGUUACAUUGAUAGUUAUAAUGUAUGAUAUUGUUUUACCACUUAAGUUAUCAAAUAACGGCCCACUUAAGUCUUACAAAGUUAUGGAAUUCACCUUGGACCUUACACAUUCUGGUACAGAUACUUGUUUCACAUGGGAUAUGGGUGAUGGAAGCCCAUUGGUUGAAAUGGGAUCAGAAAACUGUAUGAGGAACAGUUCAUCAGAAUCUUCCUUCAUUAAAAAAUUGAAAGAAACGAAAACGAUAAUUAUAGUCCAUAGGAUGAUUGGGAAAAGGGUGUUUUUGGAACGGGAAAGGGUUUCGUCUAGAAAUGCAAGUGGUGUUUUGGUUGUCGGGGGAUGUGUUCAAAAUUGUAAAGCUAAGGUAAAUCCCUCAAGUGAGUUUACUGUACAAGGUAUAUGUGAGAGUUGUCAAAGCUGGGACAAGAUUGACUAUUCCUGGUCUUUCUAUAUUCAGACAGGAAGUGAAAGACUUCCGCUACAGCUUGAAACUAUGGUAACCACAGAUAUUACAAGUGCUUGGCUGACUUUCAAGCCAGGUAUCAUGGUAGGUGGGAAUUUGUAUCAUCUUAGACUGGACAUAAAGGUGUAUGGUCACACUGCCUCUUUCACAGAAUACUCAUUUGAAACCAACCUACCUCCUUAUGGUGGUAACUGUUCUAUAUUGCCCGAAACAGGUUAUGCACUGAAUACACUAUUCAAAAUCCAAUGUAAGGGUUGGGUGAACCCUGGAGAAGAGCAAUUUCAAGGUGAAGGUCUCCUGUACAGAUUUUGGACUCGUGUAAGAGGGGGCUCGAACAUUCAGCUACUUUACUAUGGAACCGACCCAUUUACGGCACCUUCAAAGUUCCCGCUCGGCAGGGAGGAGAUGAACUAUAAACAUGAUAUUGUUGUCAGGAUUUCAAACACUAUUGGAGAAUUUAUAGAGACAACUCUUGAAGCACAGGUGAAGCCUAAACCACAGCAGGAUUUGGAUGAUGUUCGAGCUCUGGCUUCAGAUGAUAGCAGUUUAUUGUUUGAAAUGAAACAGGCCGGGCAACAGCAGGAAUUUAAACAGCUUAUUGUUGCCAUGGCAUCAGUGUUAAAUACAGAGAAGGAGUCCAGUAAGAUUGAUGACAAUAUUUUGACAACAUCAACACAGUCUGCGCUAAACCCAGAGUCGUCUGCUCAGAAUUCGAAUCCAGAUAAAUCUGAUGAAAAACAGAAAAAUACGGAGAUAAGGACAAGUAUUGUUCAACACCUGGCAGAAACAGAUCAUGUGACCUUGGAUUCUCUUCAGCAGACGGCAUUAUGUUUUAAGGUCAUUACAGAACAGAGAGAUGAACUGUCAACACAUACACAGACAUUUGACAGAGGUUCUAUUAACAAGUUCAUAUUAAGCGUAGAUGAACCUCUAGGUCCACUGUCGUACAUUCGUAUUUGGCAUGACAAUGAGGGUGUUGGCAAGUUACAGGGCUGGUACCUUAGUAAAGUUGUGGUCAGGGAACUCCAAGAUAUGGAACAAGUGUAUGUGUUCUUGUGUAAUCGCUGGCUUGCUGUAGAAGAGGAUGACGGAAUGGUUGACCGUCUGCUUCCAGUGGCUGCACACGAAGACCUCUCCAAGUUCGGAAAUAUUUUAAUUCUGGGCCAGUGCCAAGUUUUAUUUCAGGCGGAGGGAAAUGCUCAACCUGGUCAGGGAUAUAGACUUGGACCCUUUAAAUUCACCACACAUGAAAUGUAUAUCAGUGUAGUGACCAGUUUAAUAGUUCUACCUGUGAAUAUACUAAUAGAUCAACUAUUUCGAAGAAGCAAGCCAAAGAAAUGCAUCAAAGAGCAGGCAUUUUCGUCUGAGAGACCUUUUUCAGUCUUGUCAAGGUUCAGUGUGAAAUUUACAGAUUUAUUUCGUGCCCAAAGCAGAACACAAGUUACACCUAUUGAAGAUGAAAAAGAAGAGUCAGUUGAACAAGGGACAAGUAAUCCUAUAAAUACACCUCCGUUAGCAAGAUACCAACCAACUAUUACAGACACACCCAUCCCUAAUGUAUUUGUAAAAUCAAGUGAAAUUCCCCCAUCACCAACUUAUUUUGAAGCCAGACAUCACUAUACCCCGGCACCUCCUUUUAUCCCAGAUAAAUUCCAAAAUCAGGCCAGAGCAUUUGGGAAAAGAAUACCUCAAUUAACAUUGCCAAUAGAUGAAGAAAAUCUGAAACUAUCUUCAGUUGAAUCUGCUGACCCAUCACCCACCAACUCCGGUCACCUGUCGGCAUAUGCGUCAAGUUCCAUUGAAAAUUCCCCGAGUGUCUCACCAAGAUAUGUGCAAGUCAAAAGUCCAACGGAAUCAGUUUUUACUUUUGACUCUUCAGUUGAGGAGAUAGAAAAUAUAACAAUGAAGAGUUCAGAUGAGAAGAAGAGAAGCAGAGCUUACAGUAAACUUGUACUGCCACACUGGUGUGUAUAUAUAGCCUGGUUGUUUGUAUUUCUGUCAACAUCAAUCUCAGGUACAAUCACGUUCUUGUAUAGUAUGGAAUGGGGUAAAGAGAAGUCAAUUGCUUGGCUGACAUCAAUGUUGCUCUCCGUCGUAGAGUCUGUGUCAAUCAUUCAACCAACUAAGAUAAUAGUUCUAGCAAUAUUUGCUGCUGCAAUAUUGAGGAAAACAGAAGAUGAAAUAGAGAAAGAAGAAAGUAUAGACGACAAUCUACCAGCCCAGCCAGAAGAGAUAGAGUCUCAACUUACACCUUCAAAAGGGAAAAGAUUAAGGACUCAUGUAGCUCCUCCAGAUCUUCAGAAGCUUGCAUCAUUAAGAAAGCAGCGUUUGAAAGAGAUCAAGAUGUUCCGUGUCAUCCAGGAGAUUAUUUUUUAUGUGUUGUAUCUGCUGAUUUUAGUUCUUGUUGCCAGUCACAAUAGAGAUCCAGAAUCUUACCGGAUGAAGCAAACACUGCUGAAUGUUAUUUCUCCAAAACAAAAUUUGUCAAAGAUCUUCAAUAUCAAAGACUUCUGGCGCUGGAUGGAUGUUUUAGUUAUACCAAACUUAUAUUUGACUCAUGACUGGAAUAAUGAAACUGUAGACGGUGAAUCACGACUGAUAUCUACACAGGCGUCAUACAGGGUAGGACCUGUCAGGCUUAGGCAGCAUAGAGUAAAUCAAGACAUGUGUGAUAGACCUAACAGAUUGAUGCCAUAUAUAGGAAAAUGUAGUUAUGAUUGGGCCCAGGGACAUGACAGUACAACAUCUUUCCUUGAAGGCUGGAUACCUGUACCAGGAAAUCAUUCUGAUUAUAGACAUAAUGAUCCAUGGGCUUACAAAACAACUAUAGAUGUCAGUGGUGUCCCUUAUGCAGGAGAGAUUGGAAUAUACAAUGGGGGAGGCUACAUUGCUGAUUUGAUUGGACAUAGAGAAAACGUUAUAUGGACAGCUGAUGUAUUAAAGAAAAAACACUGGAUUGACAAAUUUACAAGAAUUGUGUUUGUAGAAUUUACAACCUACAAUCCUAAUACAAAUCUGUUCACAACGUCACUUAUCACGUUUGAAAUGCCAUCGACAGGUGUUAUCUUGACACGUGUACAGAUAUACACGUUUCGUUUGUUCUCAUAUUUGGGAGGUUUUGGGAUAUUUGUGAUACUGUGUGAACUGUGUGCAUUGGCUUGCGUCAUCUAUUUUAUUGGACUAGAGAUGAAACAGAUUAAACGUGAUGGUCGACAACAUUUCAAAAGUUUCUGGAAUAGUUUACAGUUUGUGACCUUAUUGACCUCUGUAACAUGUGUAAUUAUGUAUCUACUGCGCCAUGCCAUGACCUCUGUGGCCGUGGAUAAGAUCAAGAAAUUGAAAGACAAGUUCUACAAUUUUCAAAGAAUCGCUGUUUGGGAUGACAUCUUCCAGAUUCUUCUGGCUUUUGCAAUCUUUGCAUCCAUAUUGAAACUGAUUCAUAUUCUGCGAUUCAACAGACGCAUGUCAAUGUUGGCGGGAACUUUGAAACUCUCUGCAAGGGACUUACUGGCAUUUUCAUUGGUCUUUGGAAUUGCGUUGGUGUCAUUUGUCGGAACAGGUUACCUGAUGUUUGGCGCAAAUGUACGGGGUUUUAAAACAGUACUGACAGGGUUCGAGACUCUCCUCUCAUUUUCACUAGGCUCAUUCCAAUUCACAGGAAUAGUUGAAGAGUAUCGUGUCAUAGGACCACUUUACUUCUUCCUCUUCUUCACUUUUGUAGUGUUCGUCUUGAUGAACAUGUUUAUAACAAUCUUAAAUGAAGCCUUCACUGUUGUUCAUAAAAAUGUGUCACGGGAGAAAAAUGAAUAUGAAAUCGUAGAGUUUAUCUGCCGACGUUUGAAACAAUGGAUUGGAUUUGACCUUGACAAGAUCAUUGACACAGUUAAAUCAAAAUAUUUGAAAGGAGGUAUGAAAGUCAGUACAGUGGAGAUGAGCUACACAUUGGAUGACAUAGAUUGCCGUCUAGAUAUGUUAAUGGCCUCUGUUGAUGCAAUGUGUAAAGGAUAUGUUCCCAUGGAAGUCGACCUUGAUAACUAUGAUUGGUUACCUAGCAUCCGAGAAUGAAAAUAAAGUAGAAGAAACUGGAUACUGCGGGUUGAAAUUACAAAAAUCUAGAAAAGGGGUGAUCCUCAUCCCUUGGAAGCACCAAAAAACAACAAUCUAUAUGAAAAUUGCAAAUAAACAUUUAAUAUUUUUAGAGCUGAUUUUAUUCCAGUAUUACAUUAAAAAAUGUAAAAUCAAAUUCUGUAGAAAAAAAUGAUAAAAGCAAAUACAUGUAACAAAAAUGUAGAUCUUAUAUUUUAUGUAAGAUAUUUUUCUUCUACUUUUUGCAAUAAUAAAAACAUCUUUAA